AUGCAAUCCAGAAAAAGACAAAAUCAAUGCUAUCCGUUCCAGACAAAAGGUAGGAGCAACACUGGCUGUUUGUCCUGCAGGAGGAGAAGAAAAAAAUGCGAUGAAAGAAGACCAAGCUGUAAGGCCUGUGCUCGCAACUUUCUUGAGUGUAUCUGGCCACAUCGCAGUGGAAAGCAACGUUUGAACAUCAGUUUGUCAAAAAAUAAGAAGCAGAAGCAGGAUCCUUUGUUCCAACAGCGAAAAUUAGGUUACCGUUUCAAUCUUUUCCUUCUCAAAGAUGCCAACUUCCUGAAACUCAAGACUCCUUCUUCGUGGGUAUUCGAUGUCCUAAUCGUUGAUCCGGCCACUGGAAUAAUUUCCAGGAAGGACUCACUCGACAAGCCUGAUACUACCUUAUGCGCAUCCGAAAGCGGUGAAGAUGACGAUGUUUACAGGUUAUCACUUAACUCCCGGGAGUCGAAUGGUUACCAUGAUGAUAUCACUGGGGAUUUAGAUACUCUCAAUAGUCAUUUCGACUGUAGCCGUUUGGAUUUGCAAUUGAGUCCUUUCCCCCAAAUCGAGGUACCAAGGAAUGCCCUUAUCCAGCGUCCUUCCAAUCCCGAUAGUUUGCAGAAUGUCGCCAAUGAUCAUAGUUUUUUAUCAGAGAAAUCAUUCGAUUCGCUAUUUCAAAGGUGCAAAAAUAACGAGCCGAUUCCUGAUGUUGAGUUUGACGACAUAGAUGUCGAAAACUUUGCGUUUUUUGCUUGCAUCAAAGGGUAUAUUCCCAAAAUGACUACGCAGCAUACGCAUCAAAAUCUAACAACAUCAGCUGCGUUUAUUCCACAACUUGGAAAGAAUCCAAUAAUGAGGGAAGUGUUUUUAUUGUUGUGGCGCGACGUAUUAGCCUGGAAUAAUUUAAAGAAAUUCCAAAAUAUGAGCGAUGAGCUGUAUAUGAACUGUAAAAUCCUGAUACAGAACUUCAUAGACGAACACCCUGAUUAUGCGGACGAAGAUUGGCUUUUUGUGGCCUUACAAUUAUUGUGUAAUCGUGAUAAGAAUUCUCUAACGGCAACGGAAGAAGAUGCCAAGUGGCACUUGAUGAGAGCGUUUGAUAUAAUUCGCCUACGGUAUUAUGGCAAAGACGAUAAAAAAUGUGAGCUAUCGAUCAUUGAAAUUAUUUCAAAUUCCAACCUGGUUUUAAGGCCAUACGAAAGGACUUUGAUUGAAAGUUUUAUAUUCCAAUACUCGGUGUCCCUUCUUUUUAUUGAUAACGUUGACGAAUUGCCCAAUCCUUUUAAAAUAUUCAAAAUUCUUAAUGCUGUUCUAAAAUGUCCCGUCUACGAUUGUGAGUAUAUUGCUGAUUGGAUGAGCAAUCCAAUCUUGGGUCCAUCCUUAGAUUCUUUCGAGCUUUUGGCAAAAUUAUCGUAUAUUGGCCAUAUGCAAGUCCCGCUCAACAGAGAAUGGGCUGGACGAGUAGUUAGCUUGACAAAGAUGUGCCAAUAUUAUACACCAACGACUCCUGCAAAGAAAAUGACUGAAAUACAGUGGCAAAACUAUCAGAUUAACUCGAAUGCAGGAAUAAUUACGUCAACAGCUUGUUGGUUAUUUGCCCGCAAAAUUCUAGAACUAGACGCAUUUGAUCAUGAAGAUCAAGCUAUCCAGAAUGCAGUGAAAAAGAUAUUGCUUAAAUGCAAAGAAAUACCUGCAGGAAAUAGAGUUUGGGGUAUUUUACCUUGGGCCAUUUUCAUGACUGGUGUUUUCUCAGUUGACUUUGAUGAUCGUUCAUAUAUUUUAGAGUUAAACGGUAUGAUGGCAGAGCGAGCGCACAGUUAUAACGGGUUCAGAAUAUCUUCAUUUUUGCGCAGAGCCUGGGCCUCAGGCAAUGCACCAAACUUUUUAUUCGUUAGAGGUAGUCUCAUGCACAUUAAUAUGUAA